GAAGGCUAGAGGGGCUUUUCGGGCCGAGUUCAGCGGAAUUGAGGGAUGGAAGUUAGAGAAUUCGGGCAACUUGCCUCUACUGCCUGGUCGACCUCUGCUCUCCCCCACACUCACGCCCCCCCACACACACGCACACCCACGCACACACCCCUCUGCCUAUAAACGCCGGCGGCAGGGCCGGGCCGCGCACGGAGUCCCUGCCUCGCCAAGCGCCGGACUUGGAGGCAGACAGACCUGGCUGCGAAUCCCGGCUCCGCCACUUUCUAGCGCUGUGACCUUGGCACAACAGCUCCAGCUGGCAGCAUCACCUCCCACCAAUUUAUCCAACUUCUGCCAAGGCUCUGAAAUGCCAACUAUGUCGAGGCCUGCACUUGAUGUCAAGGGUGGCACCUCACCUAUGAAGGAGGAUGCCAACCCAGAGAUGAGCUCUCUGGCCUACUCUAACCUGGCGGUGAAAGAUCGUAAAGCAGUGGCCAUCCUGCACUACCCCGGGGUAACCUCGAAUGGAACCAAGGCCAAUGGGGCUCCCACUAGUUCCUCGGGAUCUCCAUCUCCAAUAAGCUCUCCUACUGCCGCCCCUCCCACUAAACCCCCACCCUUCAACCUGCACCCCGCCCCUCACCUACUGGCCAGUAUGCAGCUGCAGAAACUUAAUAGCCAGUAUCAUGGGAUGGCCGCCGCCACUCCAGGCCAACCUGGGGAGGCAGGGCCCCUGCCAAACUGGGGCUUCGGGGCUCAGGCGGGAGGGGCGGGGUCACUCUCUCCUUCUGCUGGUGCCCAGAGCCCUGCCAUCAUCGAUUCAGACCCGGUGGAUGAGGAGGUGCUGAUGUCACUGGUGGUGGAACUGGGACUGGACCGAGCCAAUGAGCUGCCGGAGCUGUGGCUGGGGCAGAAUGAGUUUGACUUCACUGCAGACUUUCCAUCUGGCUGCUGAUGCCAACUGUUCCUAAAGAUGGAGGAAUAAAGCCACCAA